AUGACAGCAAUUCAGAGAUCCGAAAAUUUUAUCAAACCAAUUGAUGACAACACAACGCCUGACAGUCUACCCAAAGAGCUUAUUCAGCCAGAACGUGAUGUUACUAGUAGCUAUUCAGCACUAGUACCACCAUUUUAUAACGGUUCGUUGGAACAGGCUCUCCAGCAUUCAUUGUUUGCAUAUCAGACUUCUCGAUUAUUAGCGCUCUACCUACAGCAUGAUGAAAGUUCAGCUAUGUCUACAGUUUGCGAAGGUGCUUUGUGUUCGGAAGCUACUAUCAAGUAUCUUCUUGAACACUUUAUUGUUUGGCCAUGGAAUCGAACUAGUGACGUGAAUUACGCUCAACUCUUAGCAAAUGUGUCAAAACAUUUAGGAGAAGGAGUGGCAACAAUAAUCGAUUCAUUAUCAAUCAAUUCCUAUCCACUACUCGUCUGUCUUUCGUUUAAUCAAGGUCAAAUCAAUGUUGAUACUAUAAUCGAUGGAACUGUAUCAGACAGUGAAGCAUUCUCUCAACUCUUGGAAAUAUGUGAGAAGAUGAAUUCCCAGCUAGAAUUCCCGGAUACGACUGGUCUACCGACGAGUGCUGUUUCUAUUGAAAAUUGGUCUAUGCCAGCGAGCAACUUAACACACGUUUCAGAGCAGUCUGAAGAAUUUCAAAGAGUGGCUCGAGAUUUUCGAAUUGGUGAAGUUGGCUCAUCGACAAUUAUUCGCAUUGAUCGAAUCGAAAAUUUAACAUGGCUUGUUCAGUAUUUCAAUGAAAAAAAGAUAAUUGAUGAUCGACUCGGUCGUACCGAUACAGAGUUAUUGUUAUUUCAUGGUUGUCCAUACUUGGCAGCUGAACAAAUUCUUCAACAAGGAUUCGAUCAUCGUCUUAUCGGUAAAAAUGGUAAAGAAUUUGAAAUGAAUUAA